AUGGCAGAGGCGGUGCACUUCCUGAUGAUCUCUGCAUUCUUCGUGAGCCUACUGCUUCCUGCUGGUCAGGCUUGUGGUACCGCGUCAGGAGGAGUAGCGAACAAGGCUCUGCUGCAUUUCAAUCUGUCUCCACCACCCAAGUACACUUACAGCGAUUUGCCAAGACAUGGGCAAAUGACUACCGCUCAGGCAGCCGAAAGCAAUGCCGAUAGGGAUCUCCAACUAGCGAAGUGGCAACCCACUUGCUGUAACCGUGACACAUACAGCCACCACGCAGUAGAAGUGGAGACGGUUCAGUUCCAAAUCACCGGAGCAGUCACAGUUGAGACCCCACAGCCCAUCUUCGAAAGCCAAUGGAGGAUGUUCGCCGAGAAGAUUCAGGAAAAGCUCGAAGAACAUCGCGUAUUCUUCACUGGAGCUGUCAUGGUCGAAAUGUUCUAG